AUGGCACUAGCUAAAGAAAUCAUGGGUAGUUCUUUGUUUGAUAAAUCAUUAUCUAUAUCAACUUCUAAAGUUUUCUUGAAUCAUAGUUUUCAUCAAAAGAACCAGCUUUUGGUGAAUCCAGUUUUAGUGCCUUUACAACAGAGAAUGGUAAAGAGAGUUGUUAGGGCCCCUGUGGCAGCUAUCAGUGAAGAUUUAAUCAAGGCUAGUAAUACUAAUACCAAUAAUAUUUUGCCUGAAAAGGCAGUCAAGUUCAAGGUUAGAGCUGUUAUUACUGUUAGAAACAAGCACAAAGAGGAUUUGAAGGAGACUAUUGCGAAGAAGUGGGAUGCUUUCAUGGACAAACUUGGGAGAAAUGUUGUUUUGGAGCUUAUUAGUAAUGAAGUUGACCCAAAAACCAACGCCCCAAAGAAAAGCAAGGAAGCUGUAUUAAACGACUGGUCCAAGAAAUCAAAUUUUAAAGCUGAGAGGGUUCAUUAUACUGCAGACUUUAUAGUGGAUUCACAUUUUGGAAUUCCUGGUGCAAUCACAGUGAGCAACAAGCACCAAAAUGAGUUUUUCUUGGAGACGAUCACUCUUGAAGGUUUCGCUCGUGGUCCAGUACAUUUCCCUUGCAAUUCCUGGGUGCAAGCCAAGAAAGAUCAUCCUGGAAAAAGGAUAUUUUUCUCUAAUGAGCCAUAUUUACCAAGUGAGACUCCUGCUGGACUAAGAGCAUUGAGAGAAAAAGAACUGAGAGAAAUUAGAGGUGAUGGUAUAGGAGAAAGAAAAUUAUCAGACAGGGUGUAUGACUUUGACGUGUACAAUGAUUUGGGAAACCCAGACAGAGGGAUUGACUUUGCUAGACCAACACUUGGAGGUGAAAACCUCCCAUAUCCAAGACGUUGUCGCACUGGGCGCCCCCCAACUGAUACAGAUAUAAAUGCGGAGAGCCGUGUAGAGAAGCCUUUGCCUAUAUAUGUGCCUAGAGAUGAACAGUUUGAGGAGUCUAAGCAAAAGACAUUCUCAGCUGGGAGGCUUAGGGCGGUGCUUCAUAAUCUAAUCCCAUUGAUAAAGGCCAACAUUUCUGCUGAGAAUCAUGAUUUUAGUGCAUUUUCAGAUAUUGAUAUUCUCUACAGAGAAGGGCUUCUUCUUAAAGUAGGGAUUCAAGAUGAAAUCUGGAGAAGGCUUCCUUUGCCAAAGGUGGUUACCAAGAUUCAAGAAUCAAGCGAAAGACUUCUCAGAUAUGACACUCCCAAGAUUCUUUCCAAGGACAAGUUUGCGUGGUUGCGAGAUGACGAAUUUGCCCGUCAAGCAAUCGCAGGGGUUAACCCUGUCACUAUUGAGCGCCUGAAGGUUUUUCCUCCCAAAAGCAAUCUUGAUCCUGAAAUCUAUGGUCCUCUGGAGUCUGCUCUGAAAGAAGAGCACAUUAUGGGCCAUCUGAAUGGCAUGUCCGUUCAAGAGGCGUUGGAUGAAAAUAAACUUUUUAUAAUAGAUUAUCAUGAUGUUUAUCUCCCAUUUUUGGACCGAAUUAAUGCCCUUGAUGGUAGAAAAGCUUAUGCAACUCGUACCAUUUUUUUCUCGAGCCCUUUAGGGACUCUUAAGCCCAUUGCUAUAGAGCUUAGCCUCCCACAGGCAGGACCAAAUUCCCGAUCAAAGCGAGUAGUAACCCCUCCAGUUGACGCAACUACCAACUGGAUGUGGCAACUUGCCAAGGCUCAUGUUUGGUCCAAUGAUGCUGGGGUUCAUCAGCUAGUUAAUCACUGGCUACGCACACAUGCUUCCUUGGAGCCAUUUAUACUAUCAGCUCAUAGGCAAUUGAGUGCAAUGCAUCCCAUAUUUAAGCUUCUGGAUCCACACAUGAGGUACACUCUAGAGAUCAAUGCACUUGCCCGUCAAAGCUUAAUUAACGGUGAUGGUGUUAUUGAAAACUGCUUCACUCCUGGCCGUUACUGCAUGGAGAUUAGUGCUGCUGCAUACAAGAACUUUUGGCGAUUCGACAUGGAAGGCCUUCCUGCUGAUCUCAUUCGUAGAGGUAUGGCUGUACCUGAUCCAACACAACCACAUGGCUUAAAGCUUCUACUUGAGGACUAUCCAUAUGCUCAAGAUGGUCUUCUAAUCUGGUCUGCAAUAGAGAACUGGGUCCGGACCUAUGUGAACCGGUACUACCCGAAUUCAAGCGUGGUUUGUAAUGACAAAGAGUUACAAGCUUGGUAUGCUGAGUCAGUCCAUGUGGGCCAUGCUGAUCUCGGCCAUGCAGAUUGGUGGCCCACAUUAGCCAGCGCUGAUGACCUUACCUCAAUCCUCACCACCCUUAUUUGGCUUGCAUCUGCACAACAUGCAGCUCUCAAUUUCGGACAGUAUCCCUAUGGUGGCUAUGUGCCCAAUAGACCACCUCUAAUGAGAAGACUAAUUCCAGAAGAAAAUGACCCUGAAUAUGAAAGUUUUGUAGCUGAUCCUCAAAAAUAUUUCCUGUCAGCAUUGCCAAGUCUGUUACAAGCAACAAAAUUUAUGGCUGUGGUAGACAACUUAUCAACACACUCACCGGACGAGGAAUACAUCGGUGAACGACAGCAACCAUCGAUUUGGUCAGGUGAUGCUGAAAUAAUCGAUUCAUUUUAUGCGUUCUCUGCAGAGAUGGGACGGAUAGAUAAGGAGAUAGAGAGAAGGAACAAGGAUCCUAGCCUUAAGAACAGGUGUGGUGCAGGAGUUUUGCCAUAUGAAUUACUAGCACCUAGCUCAGAACCUGGUGUAACAUGUAGAGGAGUACCAAAUAGUGUGUCCAUAUGAGUCAAAAGAAUGUGACUUGAAACUGUCACAUUCUAUUGCCUUAUUUAUUGGAACCAUUCUUAUAAAAUUGUAUCUAUAUAUUGUGUCAAUGUAGGUUGCUCUUUGUGACACUUUUAACAUAGGAUUGUAUAUGCAAUAGAGUGCAAUAAACAGAGCUCUGUAUUAUAAGCUUAUGCUAAUAAUAAGCUAUUUAUUGGGAAAAAAAAAAAAAUUGGGAGUUUUUAA